AUGACAGCAGAGCGAAAGUCAAAUUGGAAAUGUCAUGUUUGUAAACCUCGCGCUAAAACAACAAAUAACAUUAGUUACGAAUGUGUAUUAUACCAAGACAAAUCGCAACAAAAGCAACAAAGAGAAAUGGAUGGUAUUGAAAAUGAGAACUCAAAACGUUUUAAAGAGGCAAUUUCUUUAAAUGAAUUGCAAUCAAGUAUUUGUACCGUUCAAGCUGAGCUUAAGUCUGAUGUUAACGAAGUAAAAUCUGAAGUUGGUGGUGUCAAAAGCAAUUUAAUAGAGCUAAAAACUUCUGUGGAUCAAUUAUCUCACAAAGUCACCCACUCUGACGAUACAUUUAAAGAGGAGAUGAAAAACGCACUGUCGCAAAUUACUUCAACUCUCUCAAAUCUCUUGACGCAAAUGGGAGAGAUGAGAGAAGAAAACAAAGUAAAUAAAAAAGAGAUUAAGGAAAUCGAUACAAAAGUAAACCAAAUGGCACAACAAAUGUUAAAUAAAAAAAUUGAAAUAAAGAACAUACAAAACAAAGAUAUUCAACCGAACGAUGUUGUAAAAACAAUAGCAGGUUCAAUAAAUGUGAAUAUUAAUGAAUAUGAUAUUAGUGAUGCCUACCGUCUUAAAAAUAUCAAAGAUAAAGUUAUAGUAGAAUUUACAACCUAUAACAAAAAAAGGGAAUUUAUGGAGAAAAUCAAACGCCAUAGAAUCGAUGGUAACAUUAUUAAUAAUGAUAAUAAUAACAGCUAUAUAUACAUAAAUGAUUGUCUAACUGCCCACAACAGGAAACUUCUUUGGCUUGCAAAAACUAAAGCCAAAGAAGCUAAUUGGAAAUACGUCUGGUCACGUAACGGAUCCAUAUUUGCCAGAAAAACGGAAAAUACUCCUGCAAUCCUUAUAAAAAACACUGCUGAUAUUGAAUUGAUCGCUUAG